AUGAAGUCAUUAUUGUCUAUUCUGUCACAUGUGGUUCAUGGGUAUGUGGGAAACAGGGCUACAGUUUUCCCCUUGCAAUAUGCUGGAUGGGAUGUCGAUGCCAUCAACACCACCAAUUUUUCUAAUCAUCCCGGAUAUGGAUCAUUGAGUGGGACCGCGUCCACGCCAGAGGCAAUACAAGAUAUAAUUUUGGGAUUGAAGCAGAUCCUUGAUUUCAAUAAUGUUUACGAUAUUAUCUUAACAGGCUAUACUCCCAAUGCUGAAGUUUUAAAAAUAAUAAAGAGUGAAAUUGAACAAGCCAUUACCAAGUCUCGCAAUAAGCCUCAUUGGAUAGUCGAUCCCGUGUUGGGGGAUAACGGUAAACUAUAUGUCAAAGAAAACUUGAUACCAGUUUACCGCGGCAUCUUUGCAAGUGGUUUAGUGGAGUUAACCACACCCAAUCAAUUUGAGUUUGAAACGCUAAGUGGAGUAACAAUUGUCGAUUGGCCAACUGUUAAGAAUGCAAUCCAUGAGUUUCGUAGGCUAUAUAAGGUAAAUAAUAUUGUGAUAUCCUCAGUAUCCAUUAAUGGCCAUUUAUAUUGUGUUGGAUCUUCUAAGGAAAGUAUUUUUUAUAUUUCUAUUGAACAAAUUGGCUGCAGUUUUAAUGGUUGUGGAGAUUUGUUUACCGCAUUACUCGCAGACGAAUAUUACAACGAGGAGUAUGUUUUGAGUCCACAGAUGUUAUCCAAAGUACUUUACAGAUUACACAAGAUCUUAGAGUUUAGUUACAAUGAUAUUCUUAAACGUAUCGGACAAAUUCCGACAGUGGUGAAGGAUAUCAGAGUCGUGGCAGCCAAAGAAUUUCUUACAACAGAUUAUAAACUAGACACUGAUGUAGUAUAUUUAUAG